AUGCUCGCACCUGCGUUGCUCCAGUUCUCCGCCCAACUCUGGGACAAUAUCCCCAUGUACACUGCCGCCCUCUUUGUCGUCUCGCUUGCCGCAUCCCUCCUGUACCCCUCUCUCUCAGCAUACUGGAGAUUUUGCUACGCGUGCUUCCUCAAGCCGUUCGACCGCAAGUCCGCUGAGGCACUCCCAGGGCAGCAGGCUGCACUGGAGAGUUUCUACCGGACACAAGCCAGUAUUUAUGACUCGACCCGAGGCGGGCUUCUCUGCGGUCGUGAGGAGAUGCUGCGACUUGCGGCGGCGCAGCUCACACAUCGUCCGCGGCAGGGCGACCACAAGCCGAUCUGGGUCGACAUUGGCGGAGGUACCGGGUGGAACAUCGAGAAGAUGAACGACUUUGUCUCCGUGCCGGAGUUUUUCGAGGCCGUGUAUCUCGUUGAUCUCAGCCCGUCGUUGUGCGAGGUCGCGCGCCAGCGGUUUGUUAAGCUGAAAUGGAAGAAUGUGCACGUUGUGUGUGAGGACGCUCGUGCGUUCAAGCUGUACUCGGCUAGAGAUGUGCGUACGAUGCCCGAUGGUGAGAAGCACAGUCGCAAGGCAGAUUACAUCUCCACGUCGUACUCGCUCAGCAUGAUUCCGGAUUUCUACUCCGUCCUGGACUCCUUGGUCGAACUCCUCGCUCCUCUCGGCCUAAUCUCUUGCGUAGACUUCUAUGUCCAAUCCGCGUCCAGCUUCUCCCUGCGCACAUUUACGGGCGGCAGCCACUCGCGCCACGUGAAUUGGAUAUCACGUCUUUUCUGGCGCACCUGGUUCCAAUUCGACCGUGUUCACCUCGACGAGGGGCGCCGUGACUACCUCGAGUACCGCUUCGGCACUAUGCUUGAAGUCAACGAGCGCAACUACAAGCUCGGUGGUAUCCCGUAUUAUUAUUGGGUCGGUUGCCACCGCACAGCUACCUGGGGUGCUGCGCAGGCUCUUGGCCGUGAUGCUGCUGAGUGGAUUGACGCAGUCGCCACCGAGAGCCCUUAUCUGUCCCCGGUCAACUACAGCGAGAAGCUCACAGAAGCCGAGAAAGCCGCAGCGCAGGAGACGCGGCUGCAGCUACGCUCGAAGGGCUUCGAGGCGGCGAUCCUGAACCUCUCGACGAACCUACCCCUCCCGUCCUUCUUCUACCAGAACCAGCGCUGGCGGCUAUAUUAUGACGCCGCGCUCCCGAAGCACACGCAGUUCCAGAACGAGUAUAAGUACGCGUUCACCUGGGAGGACCCCGCAGAGGACGAGCGGCUGCUCAACAUUGGCGCGGAUGACGUCGUGUUCGCGAUCACGUCCGCGGGCGACAACGUGCUCGAUUACGCGCUGCACCGCCCACGGAGCAUUCACGCGGUCGACCUCAACCCCGCGCAGAACCACCUGCUCGAGCUUAAGGUCGCCGCGUUCCGUGCGCUGUCGCACGCGGACAUGUGGAGGCUUUUCGGCGAGGGCCGCCACCCCGAUUUCCGCUCGCUCCUCCUCGACAGGCUCUCCCCGCAUCUCUCCUCACGCGCGUUCCAGUUCUGGAUGGACAACUCCACCGCGUUCACGUCGCCUGGGGGCCUCUACGAGACCGGUGGGACCCGGAUCGCCGUCAAGCUUAGCCGGUGGCUCUUCCGUGCAUUCGGGCUCACUGAGCAGGUCCGGCAGCUAUGUGCAGCGAAGACGCUCGGGGAGCAGCGCGAGAUCUGGCGGACGCGCCUCCGCCCGGUUGUUCUCAGCAAGGCUCUGAGUUUUUUCGUCGUCGCGAAUGAACAGUUCUUAUGGCGCGCGCUCGGCGUGCCUCCGAACCAGCGAGACAUGAUCACAGAGGACGCGAUGUCGACCUCGGGUCGUACGUCGAAGAGGGAGGCGAUGUGGAACUAUGUCGUCAACACCCUCGAUCCUGUCGUGGAGAACAGCCUGGUAGAGUCGGAGAAUUAUUUCUAUCGCCUUUGUCUGAUGGGCCAGUACUCGAAAGUAUGCCAUCCUGCUUACCUUUCCAAGGCGGCGCAUGACACGUUGUCCAAAGAAGGUGCAUUCGACGGCCUCCGCAUCCACACGGAUGAGUUCGUCGAAGUGCUCGCCCGCAUCAAGCCCGAGACGGUAACUGUAGCUGUGAUCAUGGAUCAUAUGGACUGGUUCCCCAAGGGCGGCCAGGAGGCGACGAAGGAGAUCCGGGCUGUGAACAAAGCCAUGAAGAUGGGGGGGCGCGUCCUCCUGCGCAGCGCGGGCAUGCGGCCCUGGUACAUCUCUGCGUUCAAGGAGCAGGGUUUCACCUGCAAGCGCGUCGCCUCCCGGGCACCCGGGUCCUGCAUCGACAGAGUUAAUAUGUAUGCGUCGACGUGGAUCUGCAGCAAGACCAAGACAAGCUCGCCCACUGUGGGCCCCGCGACCGCCCUCGAGCAAGUCGAGGCGCUUGAACUGUGA